GUGUCAGUUUAGGGAAUAUUAUGGCGCAGAUCGGGUCACAAUUUUCCUAACUAAAGCAUUUACUUAGCUCAUAACCUUUUGGAUUAAAAAUUGUCUGUGAACUUUUGGCAUCAAAAUUAAAGUAAAAUAUGUUAAAACGAGCCUCUCUGGUCUUGCGCCACUAUCCGGAGGCUUGUUGUCGUGCCUUCGGAUGCAGAUGUUGUUGCAGAUGCGUUCGGGUGUAUCACGUGACACAGGUCCAGGAAGACAUGGAGGACGUUCAAAACACCAACCAGGAUUAUAAGAGGUGCGAGCUUAACGAGCUCGAAAGCAAAUUGAUUUACAAGGAAGGUAAUUGUAAUUGUGCAUUUCUGACGGAUCUGGAGCUUCAACUGGAGCGGAGGAUCCUAAGCCCGGAGUUUUCCCACCUUAAAACAUCCCUAAAACGAAAAAUGCUUCCCGAGACCGCUAGCUAUGGCAGUGGAUGCGAUGACAAAUGCGGUAAAGGCAAGAGUACAAGUAAAAAGAAGUGUGGCAAGGGUGGUGGUAAGAAGGGAGGUGAUGGGGACGACGGCGAUGAUAAGGAGACAAAGAAAUUGCGCAAGCAGUGCCAGAAAAUGGCCGAUAAGAAAAUGUGCAAGGAGAUGGCCGAAAAAAUAUGCAAGGAUAUGGCCCAAAUGGAGCAGUGCAUGAUUUGCAUGAGAAAAGAGAGGGGAGAAAGUGAAGAAGAUGAAGAGGAAGAAGAGGAAAAGGAAAAGGGAAAGGAAGGGGGCGAAGGGGAAAAGAAAUGCCCAAAUGAGGAGGAGGAGAUGGAGAAGCUUAACAAACAAGUCAUGAAGAUAGCGGAUCAAAUGAACUGUGAGAAAGAAGCUAAAAUUCAGGCGAUCAAACAAGCCUGUCUCGAGGAGGAGUAUAGAAAAGAGUGCGCCAGAUUGGCCGAAGAGGCCCGGAAGAAAGCAGAAGAAUGUAAAAGGCGACGAGAAGAGGCGGCAAGAAGAAAGGCCGAAGAGGAAGCAAGAAAAGGUGCCGAAAUAACUCUGUGCGAACUGAAGAAACAGUGCGCCAAAAUGGCCAAGGAGGAAAGGGAGAAGGCCAAGGCCAGUCAGGAGAAACUUAAGGCCAUGGCCGAAAAGGUUAAGGCCGAGAGAAUGAAAGCCCAGUGCGCUAAAAUGGAAGCAAUUGAGAAGUGCCAAAAACAGGCCGCAAAAGAGAAGGCCGACAAGGAGAGGGCCGAACGGAAUAGGGCCAAAAUGGAGGAGGAAGCCAGGCUCAAAGCCGCCCGAGAAGCCGAGGAGGCAAGAAAAAGAGCUGAAGCGGAGUUAAAGGCCAAGAAAGCAAUGUGCGAACAGUAUAACCAACAAAACGAGUGUUUAAAGGUAGAAGACGUUUGCGCUCAAUACGACUUCCACGAAGAACCCGAAGAAAACCAGGACGAUGCGAUUCACAAAGAUGUCGCACAGGAAGUUAGGAGUGAGAUUAAAACAGAGGUCAUCGGGUCACCUUCUCCCCCAUCAUCUUCGCCACCACCCAAGGCCGCAGGGCAAUCACCUUCACCACCUAAGGCCGAUGUAUCAGGACUAUUUCAGAUGUGCAAAAAAAUGGCCGACAAAAAGCUUAAGCAAAAGAAAAAGAAGGUCAAGGCACUGACCGCGAAAUGUAAGAAGAUCACUCUCAAGGAACAGUGCAAGUGCGAGAAGAAAGCAAGGAAAGCCAAGGAACUGGAGGAGUACUGCAAGAAAAAUAAGAAAUAGUUUUACAGAAACCAUAAAUUGAAAUUUGCCCAUACCUUAGCUCACCUCCGAAUUAAGUUGAUUAAAUUCCAUGAAAUCAAAAAAGGCUUGGCCGCAAAACCAUAUGGCCUUGUUAAACUUCUUCAA